AUGGUCAAGCCCUUGUUAUUUGUUGUUUUUGUGGCUGUCGCAGCUUUUGCUGCUUUGAAAGAGGAUUCAUCUACUCUUGCUCUUCCAACUGGUGCUCUGAACGCUCAAGAUAAGCAACAUUUCAAGAAUGUCUUUUCCAAUUUCAUGAAGGAUAAUAUAAAGGAGGCUCAUUAUGCCCACAUUGGUGGUUCUGUGUUUGAUGUUAAGUCACUUGAAGGAGUUUCUUGCGAUACCCUCAAGCCCUAUUUUGACUCCCCUGAUUUAGAGAUGCAGUACUAUGCUUUGUCUGCUGCUUGGGGGGUAAAAUCGUGCACUCCCAAAAUUUCUCAACCAAAUCGACUCAUUGAAGCACUAAAGCGUGAAAACUUGACCGCUGACAAUUUAUAUUACAUUGUUGCAAGCGCAAGCUUAGCUGAUGUUCCUAUUGACAAAAUGGAAGUUCUGAAACUCCUGAAAAAAUUCGCUGCCAGGGAGACUAGCCCUUCUAGUUUAUCUUCAAUUCUCGCAUCUGCAGCUCUAGUCAAGGGAGCUACUGAACAGGAACUCGAAGCCUUUUCUCAUCUUGUUAAGAAAAUUACAGAGCAGGCUGAUGAGGCUGAUGGCAACAUUCUAUUUUUCGAAAGAGGAGCUUAUACUACUGCAUUUGCCAUUGAAAGCAUUUUCCAUUUCUCCGCUGCUAUCAAAAAGGCUCCCACUUUGACUGAACAAGAAGUUAUAAAAUUCUACAACUUCUUGUAUGAACGUCGUCGUGCCCAUCAUAUCAGAACGUCAGCCCGUCUUGCAUCGGCAUUUAAAAUCCUAGCAACCAAUUCCUUCAUGAACCCUGUCGCUGUGUACGGUGCUACUGCUAGUGAACGUGCUGGUGAUUCAGGUAUUCUUAUAACAUCAUCUCGUCGUCUACAGCUUCGAUUUUUUGAUGUCCUCGGUAAUCAAUUGGAUGCUGGAGUUGUAGUGCAAGCUGGCUCCUUAAUCCCUAUUUCCGAAGGCGCAAAGCCUCUUGGUCAUGCUGGUGAGCUCAAACGUUCUAAGGAUAUGUUUGAGUUGGAUCUCGCUAAAAUUGGUACUUUGCCAUGUGGUCGCUAUAGGCUGGAAUUGACUGUAACUCAGAAAGAAAUGAACCUUGUUGGAGUUUCGAAAGCUAUGAUUCCCCUUCGUGUUGUCUCGCCAGUGAAAGUUAAUAAGGCUCAUCUCAAGGUGCAAGAUGCCUCAAGAACUCUCCUUGACGCCGCCCUGAAUUACCCUGGCAAGGCUGAAUUUGUCCGCAUGCAGCAGUCUGCUCGUCUCCGAUUCACCUUCGUGUUGGAAGAUGGAGUUACAGCCACCACGCUAUCAGCUCCCAUCCCACAACAAGCUUUUAUCCAACUGACGAAUUCCAAGACCUCGCAAACCAUUACCUUCCUCACAAAACGCUCAACCACCGACGGGACACACGCUUUCACAUUGGGUCUUGAAUCAGCCGCCCAAGACUUUGAUUACGUAUCGGGUCUCUACAGAAUGGAGGUGUUGGUUGGGGAUAGCCUGAUUGAAUCACCUAUCGUCUGGCAUGUGGCUGACCUGGAUCUUCAGUUUCCAGCGCAUGGAGACCUCUCCAAAUCUGCGGCAUAUGAUUCUGAAGAUGUCGCUCGUCUCACAGUUGCUUCUCAGGCGGCUCGCAAACGUUCUGUCCAUCCGUUGAUUGGCGAAGCUCCAAGAUCCAAUAAACCUCUACUCGAGCACACUUUCCGUACUCCAGAACCGCGCCCUUCAAAUCUACUGGCUUAUACAUUCACUGGUCUCUGCUGUGCUCCACUUGUCAUUCUUAUCUUUGUUUGGCCUAUCAUGGGUGCUAAUUUAUCGAAUAUGCCUUGCACCCUCUCCGGUCUUCUCUUCCAUCUCGGUCUCGGAGCUAUCUUUGCCCUCUAUUUGGUUUACUGGUGUCAACUGAACAUGUUCGUCACUCUGAAAUAUCUAUUCUACUUGGGUGUAUUCACUUUUGUCACUGGAAACCGGCUCCUACGUCAACUGGUCACCAGACGUAAAGCACAGGAAUAA